AAAGGUAUUUAGAUAUUAGAGGGGAUAAAUAGACAACGUAAUGAAGGACCAAACAUGGAACAGGUGAAGACAGUCAGGUAGCACAACAAUAAAGGGACAGUGGGUGGAGACGGGACUAGAAGAGAAACAUGAAAGAAGGGCUUGUUACACUCAAAACCAUGAUGAUUGAUGAUGAUGAUGAUGAUGAUGAUGAUGUGGUGACCCCUGCAGGCUCCUGUGAGCAGUGAAAUGCUGAAUUGCACAGCAGUGGGUGAUCUCUGGGAACAGGUCGCUGAGGCAGCAAAUCUGAACAGCAGUGUGUUUACAGUCUGGUGCAACAAUCGUCUCGUUCCACUACUCGACAUGUACCACACCUCCGAUUAUCAGCCAGCAGUCCACAAUAUAACAGGUACGGAUCCUCAGUGGGUGGAUGCCAUAGUUGCGGAGAUUGUGGGCUCUCUGGAGGCGUUUUACUCAGCCAGUCUUAAUGAGUCUCUGAGCAUGCAGCAUCUGUCACAAGGCCUGGUGGAGCACUUCAACCUGUCUCUCUCAGCAGAGGGAAAUCUAUCUGACUGGAGCGGCCUGCUCUCGCAGCUACAGAGUCAAUCCUUUGCUCAAAUGGCCUUGGAGAGUGCUACGCUGCAGCUGAAUAAAUUAGACUGGAAUCCAUACGUCCUAGCAGUGCAGAAAGCCAUCGAAUACACCCGGGGGAGUCAGAAUGUAACGGCGAGCCCUGAGAUGGUCAUACACGCCCUGGACGUGGCGCUCACUGCAAUGAACUUCAGUAGCGAACAAAUAGAACGUUUCCUGAGUAGUGACAUAUUGACCAUGCCUAAUAGCUUGUCCACUGACAUGCUCAUAAUGGAGGUGAUGAGUAAAAUCAUUGAUAUGAGACUGCUUGGAAACUGGCCCUUAGUGUAUGACGUAAUGGAGCAACUGCUAUAUGUAGAGAACACCAGCAACAUCUUGAGGGCGGUGAGUGAACUGGUCAGCUGGUACAACACUACUGAAGACACUGGAGUGUAUUUUGGCAUAGAGAUGCUCGCCAAGUUGUACGAGAUGCUAACACCAUUAGUGCCAGCUUCAAGCCCGCUACCAUGCUACUCCGACCUCUUUAUUGGGCUUGCCGGCAAUGCUUUGUAUGCACUGCAACAUAUUGCUGGCACCACCAACCUGCUCACCCCCAUCAAUGACUAUCUCAAGCCAAUCCAAAUGAAACUUGCUCUGGGAGACAAUCUAAGAGAUCUUCUGUCAGCGACCCAAAACGCCAGAAGACCGGUGCUAAAUCUAACAAGAGAACCAGUGGAUGACUUUCUCGACCUCCUGGAGAUCAACUACCAAACUUUAUCUCAGAUUCUUUCCAUCCCACUCAGCUCUCAGGAAAUGUUGGAGACCAUGCAUGUUUUCUUUGCAAACCCAGACCUGGGCAUCUUCCUCAAGGGUGUAUCCAGGGACAUGACAGGAAGCUCGUUUGAAGACGAAACUAUUGACACAAUCCUCGGUACACUAGCCUCUUUGACACUUCCGAGCAAUGGGCAAACGUUUAUAGAGAUGAUCACACAGACCAUCAGUCAAGCCUGGAGUCUGAAUGAUAUGCAGCUGGUAGAAAGCUUGGGUGGAAUGGUUGGAAUGGUGAGGAUGCUUUCCCAGCAGUCAUCUUUGAGUAUAGCUCAGAGGAUCGAACAGAUGGCUAAUCAGCUCAAUUCUGCAGCAUCGUAUACCGUGGCGCAGCAAGGUAAUCGUAGUGAAAUCCUCACAGCCAUCAACAAUAUUCUGUCACAAAAUCUGCAGCAGAUGCCAAACACCAGCUUUGAGGACCAAUCCGUCCUUCAAAACGUAAUCAGCUCUGUAUCCUUAAUGUCCGAGUCACAGAUCGACUUUGGAUCCUACAUGAUGCUGAUAAACCAAACUACCGAAGCCUUUGCCUCCCUUGUGCCUCCUGAGGAAAUGGUGUAUUUCAACAUUUCAGCACGGAUGAUGGAAGCUUUCGCAUUGCUCAUGUCGUCUCCAACAGAUCUAGAGAAAGUGGUGACGUCAAGUCACGAGAUUGCUGAUUCACUGGGCCUCAGUUUUGCCCUUACGGGUAUGACCACUCUUCCAAAUGGUCAGUCCAUUGAGGACACUGCAUACCCUUUCAUUCUAAACAGUGUCUUGGCAACUGAAAUCUUGUUCAAUCUCUCCGCUUCAAACUACACCUUUGAAAGUGAUUCAGAACGUAGCAUGAUUUUGAACCAGAUGACGUCAAGUCUCCCAAUGGAAGUGCAAGCUGACCUCCAUCCUCUCAUGUCUGCUCUCAUUUCAGCUCUUUCAGAUGUCUCAAACACAGCCCAAAUCAGACCAGCUUUCUUUCAGAUCUCCCAGAACGCGACCAUGUUACUUCUGGAAUACCUAAAUCUAACAGGAGAUCCCACGUCCAUGAGAAUGUAUUCUGUCCUGUCCACUGUUUCAGAUGAGGUAUCCACUAGUCUCGGUGAGGGCCUAAUGGGAAAUUCUUCCUCCGUCCAGCUCCCAUACGUGCUCGAGUCUUUACGAGCAAUCAUAUCUUCACUGUCAUUAGAACUACCUGUGGAGGAACAGCAAUACCCUGAUGCCGUUUUCAACUUCAUGGAGACUGUGGCCUUGGCUCUGAACCACACUAUCACCACAGGGGACGGAACAGAUGGAACGAAUAUGCUUUCCAGCUCUGUCCAGCGCCUCCUGGUGAUGAUGCCAAACAACAACAUGGAUACGUCAAGUGGCAUUACGAGUGAACUGGAAAAUACUGUCAAGAUGCUGCUGAUGACUCUGUCGUCAGGUCAAGACCCUCUAACUAAGAGCGCUAACACGACCGACGAGAUCCUGACCACCAUUCAGUAUCUGCUUGCCGUGGCUAACAGCAGCUCUGAGAUAGAUCUAGCGACUGCGAUCGUGGGGGCCGUCAGGAUGAACGUCGGGUCUCUGCUGGCGGCAAAAGACAAUAACUGGGCUCAGAAAUUGCAAAUGGUGCUGUCAUCCAUCUCCAACAUCCUUCCAGCUGACCUUCAAUUCGGUCCGUUCAACAGAACCAUCUUUGAAAGUUUGGCCAAUGAGCCCCCAGAAAAUCUGAAUAUCCUUCUUCAGACAGCAAGCACAGUUUCUGAACUUUUCUCAACCAACUGGAUGAACGACAGCUUUGGAGAGCUACUGAACCAAAUGCAGAUGCAGGUGUGCAGUUUGGAGAACAUGGAGUCUGUUCAGCUGCUCAGUCAGGUUCUUUCUCUCAGUCCGGGCAUGCUGUGUGACACGGCUCUGCCCAGCAUCCACGCUCUUCACGUUCUCGCCACCAACAUGGUGAACCAGACCACCGGCGUGUACGACCUGCUCUACCAGCACUUAGUCGGGGACCCCAGCACUUACGACCUCAAAGUGAACUGGACCGCCAUCCUUUCUGACCUGCUCGGCAUCGACAUCAACUCUUUGCCGGGAUUCGACAUCAACCAGACCGCCCCAAGUGAACUGAAGGUGUCUGACCUUUUAAACAACAAGGCCCUGUUUGUAUCUGAUGUCACCCGGUACACCAGCAUUCCUCCUCAAGUCCUAAACACUCUGCUGGAGUCGUCCCUGCCCCAGAGCAACCUGCAGAUCUUGUCUCAGCUGGCGAAUCUGCAGCGCUGUGCGGAUCUCUCGUCCCUGCAGCUCGACCCGGCGUCGUCGCUGAUCUUCAGUUCUCUCUGCUCGCUGCCGGUUCAGGAGUGGUACAGCCUGGCGGUCCUCUCAGCUCAGCACGUCAACAUGGACAACGUCAUGUACAAGCUGAUGCUGUCCAGUGAAAUCCAGGGUCUGUUUAACGCCCUCGUGCGGAUGUUGGAGUUCUUCAUGGACAUGAUGAGUAAGCUGUCUCCCACUCUCAACCGGCUGCAGGGGUAUUUCACCUCCAUCAAAGACAUGAACCUGAUGUCCAACUCGGAGUUCAGAAAUUUGGUGAGAGGGAAACGCUCGACCAUCUCCAGCAGGGCUACGUUCAACACCAUCUCCCGAGCCCUGUGUCAAAACGGCAUGAUGUCGCUCUUCGGAAUCUCGCAGCUUCCCAGCAUGAGUGAAAGUAAUCCGUCUCUCCAGGACCAGCAAACAGUGGAGGAUCUCAUGACCAAGUUCAAAAUCCCAAAAGAUGCCACUCCAUUCUGUAAAAACUUCUACCUGGACAUGGUGAGCACCACAGGUGGCGCUGUAGCCUGGGCCUUCCUCAAGCCCAUGCUCCUGGGACAAGUGCUGUAUUACCCUGACACACCACUCACCCAAACCAUCAUCAAGCAGUCGAACUCCACGCUGCAGCAGUUCGGCGACCUGCGCGUCUACGCCGACGAGUGGAUACGUUCCUCGUCCUAUCUCGCGCAGUCAGUACAGCUCCUGAAUAAAACACUGCCCAUGCUGAAGAAUUCCCUGAGCAACCCUUUCAUCCAGAAUUUCAUAAAGAAGCAGAUCGACAUCGACAUCGCACAGAUGGAAGAAACUCUCAACGCUUUCGCGAACAUGACUCAGAUGUUGGAGAACAACAAGUUCAUCCUGCAGCAGAUCACCACGCUGUCCAACCUCAUGAUGAACCUCUCGUCCUGCGUCAACUUCGACCGCUACCGCGCCUUCAACUCCAUCCAGGACCUUGAGAAACAGGCUGAGAAACUGGGCCAAAACCGCGAACUCUACGCUAGUGUCAUUUUCAAGCUUCCCACAGGACAGAACUCGUCCUCUACCCUUCCCCCUAAAGUGGACUACACUAUCCGCAUGCACAUCGACAACUCCAUGAGAACCGACCGAACCCGCAACCCAUUCUGGGUUAGGGCUGCCUACAUCUCUCCAGUCCUGACGCAGCGCUACAACCGUGGCUUCAUCUACCUGCAGGAGAGCAUCGAGCGGGCCAUCAUCGGCAUGCAGACCGGAAACGCGGUGCAGGAGCCGCCCGUGCAGAUCCAGGCCUUCCCCUACCCCUGCUUCUACAAGGACGAUUACCUCAACAGCAUCGCCUUCGCCUUCCCGCUCGUCCUGAUGAUCAGCUGGGUGCUCUUCGUCGCUAACUUCGUCAAGAAGCUCGUCCACGAGAGAGAGCUCCGUCUGCAUGAGUACAUGAAGAUGAUGGGCGUGAAUCCGUUCAGUCAUUUCCUGGCCUGGUUCAUGGAGAGCGCCGCGUUCCUCUUGGUCACCGUGAUCAUCCUGACCGUCAUCCUGAAAUCCGGCGGGGUUCUCCCCAAGAGCGACGGCUUCGUUGUCUUCCUCUACCUGUGCGACUACGCCCUGAGCAUCCUGGCCAUCAGCUUCCUCGUCAGCUCGUUCUUCGACAAGACCAACAUCGCCGGGCUGAGCGGCAGUCUCAUCUACGUCAUCUGCUUCUUCCCUUUCAUCGUGGUCAUGUGCCUGGAAGACACCCUCUCCUUCUUCGCCAAGGGCAUGCUGAGCCUGUUUUCUCCAACAUGCUUCAGUUACGCCAGUCAGUACAUCACCCGCUACGAGAAACAGGAAGAAGGUAUCCAGUGGAACAACAUGUACCUUUCUCCCGUGGCCGGAGACACCGGGUCGUUCGGGUCGCUCUGCUGGCUCCUCCUCGUCGACUCGGUUAUCUACUUCCUGCUCGGUGCCUACAUCCGCACGGUCUUCCCAGGGAAGUACGGCAUCGCGGCUCGGUGGUAUUUCCCCGUGACGCCGUCGUUCUGGGCCGACGUGUUCGGCUGCAACAGAAGAAAGCAGAAGAAAGCAGGCAGAGGACUCCUCUUCUCCAACAUGAUGCAGGAGAGCCAGGGGAACGGCAAAGACAAAAGCAAAGGUACGAGUGAUUUACACCCUCACGGUGACGACGAGUUCCCGGAGCUGCCGGUUGGCGUUUCGCUGCGAGGCCUCACGAAGACCUACGGCGACAGGAAAGCCAUCGAUAACCUGAACCUGAUGUUCUACGAGGGUCACGUGACCGCACUGCUCGGGCACAACGGAGCUGGGAAAACCACCACCAUGUCCCUCCUGACCGGCUUGUUCGCUCCCUCCUCCGGUUCGAUCGAGGUUUACGGGAAAGACUUGCAGAUGUUUUCGAAGGACGUGCGUAAAGAGCUGGGAGUGUGCAUGCAGUAUGACGUCCACUUCGACCACCUGACCACCGAGGAGCACCUGCUGCUGUACGGCCACAUCAAAGCCCCCCACUGGAGCAAGCAGGAACUGCAGGAGCAAGUGCGCAAGACUCUGGAGGAGACUGGGAUGUACGCUCACCGUCACAAGCGGGUGGGUACGCUGUCCGGUGGCAUGAAGAGGAAGCUCUCCAUCUCCAUCGCUUUCAUCGGCGGGUCUCGGCUGGUGGUCCUGGACGAGCCCACCACCGGCGUGGACCCCUGCUCACGCCGCAGCAUCUGGGACAUCGUCCUCAAACAUAAGAGCGAUCGUACCAUCAUCCUCUCCACCCAUCACCUGGACGAAGCGGAGGUCCUCAGUGACCGCAUCGCGUUCCUGGAGCGCGGAGGCCUGAAAUGCUGCGGAUCCCCGUUGUACCUGAAGGACAAGCUGGCCCGCGGAUACAAGCUCACUCUCACUAAGAAGGUCCUGCCUCCUGACUCAGACGACAAGUUUGACAUUGAGACGGUGAAAUCGUUCGUCCAUUCUCACAUGCCCGAGGCUCAGCUGAAGAAGGGAGAGGUGGGAGAUAUCGUCUACUCUCUUCCUGUCUACAGUUCCCACAAUGCAUCUGCCUACCGCUCGCUGCUCAGUGGCUUGGACCACAACCUGGAGGCUCUACAGCUGGGCUGCUACGGCAUCUCCGACACCACGCUGGAGGAGGUUUUCCUGCAGUUGACGAAAGAUUGUGCGGCGCGAGAGGACGUGGAGGAUCGCCCGUACACGGUGUCGAACUCAGAGCUGGACACGGGCGCUUCCCAAGACAGCCUGAGCGACGACCUGAACUCCAGCAUGCACUUCGGAGAGAGAGCCAGUCUCACAGGGAACUCCACGGUGAGUGGUUUGGCGCUGAAGGGUCAGCAGGUGAUGGCCAUGCUCAUCAAACGUCUUCAUCACACCAGAAGGAACUGGAAGGGUCUGAUCUCUCAGGUUCUGCUCCCGGUGCUGUUCGUCCUCGCCGCCAUGGGCCUCGGCUCCAUCAAGAGCGACCUGUGGUACUUCCCCGAGCUGGAGCUAACGCCCGCCAUGUACGACUCUGGGAAACAGUACGCCUUCUUCAGUAACCAGAACUCCAGCUCCAGUUACCUGGUAGACUCCAUGAUGUCAUAUCCUGGUAUACAUCACUACUGUAUGGAUAAACCUGACAGCGCGGCGUGUCGGAAGAAAGACGCGUCCGUAUCGGAUCAGUGGACCUCUGGAGGAAAUCCCACAUCCGUGUUUGAGAUUUGUGAAUGCGGGAACUUUUCACAGACGUGUCCGGAGUCCGGCUACGAACCGCCUCAUAAGACCAACCCCUCGUCUCAAAUCGUCUACAACCUGAGCGACAUCGACGUCGAGAGUUACCUCCUGGCCACCGCUAACGACUUCAUCCGAAACAGGUAUGGAGGCUGGUCCUUUGGGAAUCCCCUUCCCAACAGUCUCCAAAUGGACAUUUUGGAGGUGCCCAAGAACAGGACGUUAACGAAGGUGUGGUAUAACCCUGAAGGCCAUCACACGAUGCCGGCCUACCUCAACAGCCUCAACAACUUCAUCCUGCGCGCCAAAAUCCCAGCAAGCAAGCAGCCACAGCAGUAUGCAAUCUCCGUGUCCAGCCACCCCUACCCUGGCCAAGUGGAAGAAGAGGAUGCCAUCGUUCGCAACUUGGUCAACCUCCUGGUGGCGAUGUGCGUCCUCACCGGGUUCUCCAUCAUGACGGCCAGCUUCGUCAUCUACGAGGUUCAGGAGCAUCACACCGGCUCUAAGAGGCUGCAGCACAUAUCAGGAAUCAGCGAACCUUUCUACUGGACCGUCAACUUCUUCUACGACAUGGCCCUGUACAUGAUUCCUGUGAUUCUCUCCAUCAUCACGAUCGCAGCGUUCCAGCUUCCUGCCUUCACUGACAGACUCAACCUGGGGGCCGUCUCGCUGCUCCUCAUACUCUUUGGAUUUGCCAGCUUCCCCUGGAUGUACCUGGUGUCGACCGUGUUCAAAGACGCAGAGAUGGCCUUCAUCUGCUACGUGUGCAUCAACCUCUUCAUCAGCAUGAACACCAUCAUCUCCACGGCCAUCGUGUACUUCCUGGGACAAACGAAACACGACGUGGAGAACAUCCAGGCGGUGUACCACACCCUCAGCAACGUGUUCCUGGUGUUCCCUCAGUUCAGUUUUGGGAACGGGUUGAUGGAGCUGGCUCGGGUGGACCUGCAGGUCCAGAUCCUGAGCACGUACGGAGUGGACGCCUAUAAGAACCCGUUCAGCAUGGACGUCCUGGGGGGGAUGUUCAUCUCGCUGUUCCUGCAGGGGUUCAUUUGCUUCACUCUGCGGCUGCUGAUGAACAAGUGGCUCCUCCGCAAAGUCCGGCGGUUGUGGACACGCCGACCGUGGGUGCCUCAGACAGGAAGUCGGGGCGAGGACGUAGACAAGGACGUGUUGGCUGAGCGUCAGCGUGUGGACAGCGGAGUCGCCGGGUCUGACCUGCUGCAGGUCAGUCAGCUCACCAAGAUCUACCAACAUCUGAACCACCGAGUGCAGGCCGUCACCAACCUGUCCUUCGGAAUACCGGCGGGAGAGUGCUUUGGAUUGCUGGGAGUCAACGGAGCAGGAAAGACCACCACGUUUAAGAUGCUAACCGGAGACAUCAGUCCGACACGCGGCUCGGCACAAGUGCUCGACCGGGACGGGAGGACGGUGGACAUCAUGGACUGCAGGACGGAGGGGAUAAACAUCGGCUACUGCCCGCAGGUGGACGCUCUGGAUGACCUGCUGACGGGAGAAGAGCACCUGUACUUCUACGCUCGCAUCAGGGGCAUCUGUAAGAGAGAGAUCGAUCAGGUGGUGAACUAUCUCCUGAAGAAACUGGAGCUGAACUACCACAGGCACAUCAUCAGCGAACGCUACAGCUGUGGAACACGCCGUAAACUCUCUACAGCCCUGGCUCUGAUUGGACAGCCACAGAUCCUGCUCUUGGACGAGCCCAGCUCAGGAAUGGACCCGCGCUCCAAACGCCACCUCUGGAAGAUCAUCUCUGAUGAAGUGAUGGGAAAAUGCGCCGUGAUCCUCACAUCACACAGCAUGGAGGAGUGUGAGGCUCUGUGCACUCGGCUUGCCAUCAUGGUUCAAGGCCAGUUCAGAUGUUUGGGCUCCUUACAGCACAUCAAGAACAGGUUCGGCAGCGGCUUCACGGUGAAGAUGUACCUGACCUCAUCAUCCUGCGACGUGGACGCCAUCACCACGUUCAUGCAGGAGCACUUCCCCAGCACUUACCUGAAGGACCAUCACUCGUCUAUGGUGGUGUACCACGUUCCUGUAGCUCCCGGGGGCGUGGCUGACAUUUUUGACCAGCUGGAAUCCAAUAAGGCGGCGCUGCAGAUCAAGCACUUUUCCGUCAGUCAGACCACACUGGAUGAGGUCUUCAUCAACUUCGCCAUGGGAACGGUCGGCCGAGACGCACGGGGCGACGGCGAGGCCUCCGAUGUGGACAGCCCUGACGGUGAAAUGCAGCGAAAUGAAACAUCCAGGCUCGAGUAACUCCGGAAGAUUAUACGUUACGCGUUACUGUAAUUGCAUCUGUGUUUUUGAUAUUUAAAUGAAAAGUCGUUACAUUUUUACAUACACAUACCAUAGUGAAGGAUUUAAGGCAUCUUGUCCGGACUGACUAAUUUAUAUAAAAAAAUCAUCAUGUCCUAAUGUACCUCGUCUAUUCUCCGAUAAUCAAAUCUCCAUCUUUCCGUAUGUGAUUUAAUCGUCCAUUACCUCCAUAGUUUCAUGGACUCAUCUAUGCAAAUUCCAUGUCGUUAAUAUUCAUUAUGAUGUAAGAAUAUAAAGUGUCAUCUCUCUAUCGAGGCCAUAUUCGAGAUUUUGCUAUACAAGGCCACACUUUGUAAUAUAGUUAUAGUUAUUUUAAAUAUAGUUUUACGUUUCAAUUAAAAGAAUUUAAAAAAACAAGAAUGCACUGGGAUUUUUUUGUGUGUGUGUGUGGAAUUUAUUUCAAACUUUAACGCUUUAUUUGUUUAUAUACACACUACACCUGUUUCUAUGAUGCAUUAUGAAUUGUUAAUACUGUAUGCAAGACAUAACGUCUUGUACUGUGCAUUAUUAUUCAUUAUAAAACGCUUAAACCUGUCACCAUGGAGGGUUUUUGUUUUCCUUUUAAAUUAUUCCCGCAAACAAAUUUACAAACGAAAACGACCGACGGGUUAAACGAUUGACGGAUACGCUUAGAACGUAUUUAUAAUCGGCUGUAGGAACACGUCCGUAGCGUGCUAUAAUGCGUCCGGUUUGCAUCAUAAGUACACACGAUACUUAGUGUGCAUCAACAAAUAUAAAAACAAAGAAAUACACCCUCGUUCCGUUAUUAG